AAGCUUGAAAUCAAGUGUACCAUCUUAUCCCAGUCUUUAAUAUCUUCUUUACCCUUUGCUUCCGGACUCCCGGAUCAUCAGGAACCCCAUUUAGGCUGCUCAUACCAAUCUUGCACUCUUGCCAUUAUAUUCCCGGGGACACCAACAGUGUGUGAAGGGUGUUGCUAAUAGCUUCACCGACAUCCCACUCCCAGUGUGUACUACAGGCCAGUACUCGAGCUCCGGACCUCGGAGUUAUCCCGGGCCAUUUCCGGCCCAUAUCGGACCUCAGACCCGCUAUAGUUAUUGACCUGUAGGCACGGUCUUGUCAGUAUUUCAAGCUUACACUUCAUUACACUGUUCCUUCACCAAAAUACCCUUCAUUAUGUCUUUUGGCUCUGAUCCUGAAUCCUUCCUCGAGUAUGCCUUAUCGUUACCUGAUCCGGUCGGCCCGGACCCGGAAACCUCGGAUUCGUCGGACCAAUCUAGCUCAUCUGAACAGCAUUCUGAACAAGAUUCAGUUCAGUCUGGUACUAAUUCCGAUCCUGACCAGUCAAGUUAUGACUCGGAAUUUCCUGGCCCAUUUGACUAUGAUUAUCUUCAUGAAUCCUCUGACUUCGACUCUGAUCACCCCGGCCCUUAUGAUCUCCGUUACCUACAUUCCUAUCCUUCAUCCUCAGCCUCAGACUCGGUUGAGUCUUUCCACUCGGUUGCCUCUGAUAACUCCGAAGCGCCGGAACUCCGGCCCGGUGAUGAUGGAUCUGGUCAUCCUCACCUCGGACCCGAUGGCAGGCUUUUGGACUCCGAGAGGAAAAGGCGCAGGGUGCUCGGGUUGUGCUUUUAUUGUGGAGGAGAACAUAUGAAGGUAGAUUGUCUCAAACUGCAGGCCUGUACAGGACAGAACUAUGAUGCAGAUAACUCUGAAUCGGAUGUUCCGGGCUCCGAUGAUGGUUCCGAGUAAUUCCUAAUUUUUUCUACAUUUUAAUUCUGAAUUUUCUGACCAUUUCCGAGUCUUAGACCGAGUUUUCCUUUCCUUUCAUGAUUGUCACUUAUUUGACCUUACAAAUUCCUUUCUUUCCGAAUUUCGGCCCGUUUUUAUGCCCUUCAAUGAUUAUUCAGUAUUUGACAUUAUCAUU